AUUCUCUUUUUACUUUUAUAGUCUCUUUUUGGUGUUUUCUUUUGAAAUUAUACAGACCCUUUUCUUCUCUUAUCUCCCUCUUUAAAGAUCUUAAAACUUUGAGCAAAGCCAAGAAAAAAAAAAAAAGUCUUUAUAAGUUCUUGUUUUUUACUUAGUGUUUUUCAAGAUUCAAACUUGUGUCUUUUAUUGUGUUUUUGUUCUUUUGGAACAAUCUGAAAAAGAAAAAAAAAAAAACUUGUGAGAUUAAGUUCUUUUAUCUGUUUGUAUUUGAAAAAAUUUAAAGCUUUUUUUGUGAGUUAGCUUUGUUUUCUAGCUCCAACAAAGCUAAAACAAAAGCCCCAUUUUGUUAAAAAUGAUGUCUGGAGAUUUGUUUUCAAUUCAUCAACAACAACAACAAGUACUAGUUGAACAAAACCCUAACCCUAAAGCUAAUUCUUCUUCUAAGAAAAGAAGAAAUCUUCCAGAUCCAGAUGCUGAAGUUAUUGCAAUAUCACCCAAAACACUCAUGGCUACAAACAGAUUCAUAUGUGAAAUCUGCAACAAAGGUUUUCAGAGGGACCAAAACUUGCAACUUCAUAGAAGAGGACAUAAUCUUCCAUGGAAGUUAAAGCAAAGGAACAAACAAGAAAUAGUUAAGAAGAAAGUUUACAUAUGUCCAGAAAAGACUUGUGUACAUCAUGAUCCUUCAAGAGCACUUGGUGACCUUACUGGUAUAAAGAAGCAUUUUAGCAGAAAACAUGGUGAGAAAAAAUGGAAAUGUGAAAAGUGUUCAAAGAAAUAUGCAGUUCAAUCUGAUUGGAAAGCUCAUACUAAGACUUGUGGUACUAGAGAGUAUAAAUGUGACUGUGGAACACUCUUUUCCAGGAAAGAUAGUUUCAUUACCCAUAGAGCUUUCUGUGAUGCUUUAGCUGAAGAGAGUGCAAGAAUCACUUCAGUUGGAACUACUCCCAACAAUUUGAACUUCAACCAGCAACAACAACAACCUGUUGGCAUUUCCCAAAUUGGGACAAGUUUUGUCCAAGAUUUUACAAGUAUGACAACUGUGAAUCCUCUACAUCAGCAUCAGCAAAAACCAAGAUCAUCACUUUGGCUAAAUCAAGCUAAUAACAACAUGUCAUCACCAAGUUCAAAUCUUUUUGGCUUACCAGAUCAUCAUAUGGUCCAAAUCCCAUCUCCAAAUAUGUUUGGUACUGGAUCAUCAAUUGGCAACCAAAUACUUACCCCCCCCACCACCACCACCAACACCCCUGCAACCCCAAAUCCCCCAAUACCAAUGUCAGCAACAGCCCUUCUACAAAAAGCAGCACAAAUGGGGUCAACAAAAAGCACACCAAAUUACUUUUCCAACACAUUUGGAGUAAUGAACUCAUCAUCUUCUCCUUCAUCAAACAACACAACACAAAUCUUCAACAACAAUGAAAUCCAUCAAGCUUUUGCAAAACAAACAGAGGAUUACAAUCAAACAGAGAAUAUACUCAUCAAUGGGUGUCCAAAUAUGAAUUCAUCUGUUCAUUCUAAAGCAAUCAAUUUGGAUCAGGCAUUAUUACAAACAGGUGGUAUGCAUAAUCAAACUGUUCAUUUCAACUUGCAUAAUAGUCUUACUAGAGAUUUUUUAGGCAUGGGGAAUGAAAGGGGUCAGCCAUUUUUGCCACAAGAAUUGGCAAAGUUUGCUUCAAUGAAUGCAGCUAUGGGGUUAAGCCAUUACAGUACUGGUCACUAGUCCUAGCAAGUUUGUUUUUUUUUUUUUUUUUUUUUUUGUAUUACAAAAAUACAAUAAUGUAAAAUUUGAACCUUAUCUUAUUAGCAAGCUGGCAUUUUUUUUUACUU